GACUCGCCUGACGUCACCGCUGGAACUGCCCUGUCACGCGCUGUUAGUAAAAGUUGGGAUAGGAGCUUGAGCCUCGAAACGGAGAGCAGAAACAAAUUUACGGACGAACUCGACCAACGGUCGCACUGACGCACAACACUCACCCCCCUUCACGCCACGGGGGAAAAAAAGUUGAAGCCGCUGCUAGUUCGCUGAAUCUCCACAAAAGGUCGAGCUGUUUGGAUUAUUGUGAGGGAGAAGCAAUAACAUUUUCUGCACGGACUUAGAGAAAUACAGCACGGAGGAAAAGUUAAAAAGUUUUCCCUUCAACAUUUGUCAAUGUAGUGAGUUUACUAAAGAGUCGGCGUACAUUGACGGGGUGAGCCCGAGCUGUCAAACCCGAUGACUACUGCAAAUUGCUCCGGGAAUGAAGAGCUGGACUUCAGACUGAUCUUCGGGGAGGACGGGCAGCAGCCGCCGUUAGGCCCCGCAGAUCUAGAAACGGAUGACAACACCUCAUUUUACAUCCUCAAUGUGGGCCAACCUCCUUUACUGGUGAACCAAUCACACGGUCUCCAGCGGCAUGGAUGCCCGCCCCCAGCCCAACUCAUUGCCACCUCCCCCUCCCUGCAGGCCCACCAAAAGACCUAUGAGCAAAGCUAUGAGCAUCAGGACUCUAAAUACACACCCACAGGGAUGGGUGGAGGAGGGAACGGCCCACCAAAGGCCUUUGAAUGUCCCAGCAUCCAAAUCACCUCCAUUUCCCCAAGCUGCCAGCAGGAGAUGGAGGCCAGCGACGAUGAGAUGAGAGCCAAGGGUCCGGAUGGAGACUACCACGACAGACCUCUGUCUCGAGACCACCUAUACCUGCCUCUAGAUCAUUCGUAUCGAGAUUCGUCCCUGAGCCCGAGUCCAUGUAGCAGCCUUUCCUCACGAAGCUGGUUCUCAGAUGCAUCGUCCUGCGAAUCCAUCUCACAUGUGUACGAUGACGUGGAUUCGGAACUAAACGAAGCAGCGGCGCGUUUUACCCUGGGCUCACCGCUCACUUCGCCUGGCUGCUCUCCGCAGGCUGGACCACAGGAGGAGGUAUGGCAACAGCAGCAGCAUCAUCACCAGGCCUUCCCUCACUCCCUUUCUCAAUCACACGGCCAUUCUCUCUCACCCCGCCAGUCGCCCUGUCACUCGCCCCGUACCAGUGUCACAGAUGAGAACUGGCUGAGCCCUCGUUCGCCUUCACGGCCCUCUUCGCGCCCGACAUCGCCCUGUGGGAAGAGACGCCACUCCAGCGCUGAUAUAUGCUGCCUGGGCUCUUUAUCACCCCAUCACUCCCCUACUGUCACUCCCGGCCCCUCGCCCAGGGGCAGCGUGACUGAAGACACCUGGAUAGGAAGCCCAUCCAUGGGUAUGUCCCCUUUCCAAUGUUGUCCCUCUGAGGCUGACAUCCCCUCCAAGACCAGGAAGACCUCCCAGGACUGUACAGCAGCAAUCCAGACAGGGAAGGGUGACAUGGGCAUGGAUGAUUCUGGGAAUGUAUCUCCUUUGCUUGACUCACCUGGUGAGGAUGCCAUGCACGGAAUAAAGAAGGAUGGAUCUGGAGAGCAGUUUCUUUCUGUCCCAUCUCACUUUACAUGGAACAAACCCAAACCAGGACACACACCUAUUUUCAGGGUAUCAUCCCUGCCUCCCCUGGACUGGCCGUUGCCAAAUCAGUAUGGGCAGUAUGAACUAAAGAUUGAGGUUCACCCCAAAGCUCAUCACAGAGCUCAUUAUGAGACAGAAGGCAGCCGAGGGGCUGUCAAAGCCGCGUCUGGGGGACACCCUAUUGUCAAGCUCGUUGGCUUCAGUGAGAAGCCAGUAAACCUGCAAAUGUUCAUCGGGACAGCGGAUGACCGUUAUUUGAGGCCGCACGCAUUCUACCAGGUUCACCGCAUCACAGGAAAAACUGUUGCCACGGCAAGCCAGGAAAUUGUCAUCACCAGCACAAAAGUUCUCGAGAUCCCUCUCCUUCCUGAAAACAAUAUGUCUGCCAGUAUUGACUGUGCUGGAAUCUUGAAGUUGAGGAACUCUGACAUCGAGCUGAGAAAAGGAGAGACUGAUAUUGGACGAAAAAACACUCGAGUCCGCGUGGUGUUCCGGGUUCACAUCCCACAACCUAAUGGAAAAGUGGUCUCACUGCAGGCUGCUUCAAUUCCAGUGGAGUGCUCCCAACGCUCAGCACAGGAGUUACCACAGGUGGAGAAGGCCAGUAUUAGCAGCUUCCCAGUGAGUGGAGGAGAGGAAAUGGUUAUCACUGGCUCCAACUUCUUCCCUGAGUCAAAGGUCAUUUUUCUGGAGAAAGGUCCAGAUGGAAGACCGCAGUGGGAGGUGGAGGCGAAGAUCAUCAGAGAAAAGAGUCAAGGAUCAAGCAUUGUGGUGGAGGUGCCUCCUUAUCACAGUAAGACGGUCACUUCAGCUGUGCAGGUGCAGUUCUACAUGUGCAAUGGCAAACGGAAAAGGAGUCAGUCACACCGCUUUACCUAUCUGCCAGUCUUGGUCAAGCAGGAACAUAGGGAUGAUCUGGACUCCCCUGCCGUGCCGCCUAUGUCUAUGCCUUUAGUCCAUGCUGCCAGUUUGGUCUGCGCUCAGCCGCUGUCCUCCCCAGAGCACUCCCACCCACCAGACGGCCUUCUGUCUAGCUCCCCACGUGGCCUGGCUGCAGGCCUGCAUCCACUCCAGGCACCCUGCGCCCCAACGGGCUCCCCAACUCUUCCCCACCUGCCCCAUCUUCAGGCUCAAGGACUGAAUGCGCCUCCCGAAUGCCAGAUGCCCUUCCACCCAGGCCCUUCUGCCACUGCCAGGCCAUCUUACCCACCCAUACAGCACAACAUGCCCUUCAACAGCCAGCACAGUCUUCCUAUGACUGCGAGCUCAGCACAGGCCUACGAGAGGUUGCCCUUCCAGGCCGAUCCAUCCGGGUGUCACACCCUGGGUUUGGGGAUGGUGUAUGGCCCGGCUUCUUCAAUACCCACCUCUGGAGUGCCGCCGGGGUCUUGCCCCAGCCUCAGCCUUGCAGCCUGUACAGGUAGCAACCAGGUCAUGGCCCACUCUGCCCCUCACCUUCACUCUCUAGGCUAUCACUGUCCCACUCCAGGGCAGGUCCCAUCACCCACCCACACGCUGGGACAGCAGGUCCCACAGCUGCAGCGUCCACUGGUUUACCAUCCAGCCGGGCAGCGGUCUGCCUCCUGCCCCACACCCUCCAGUGCUCCCCCUAGAAUGGUGCCAUCUCCCCACUCUGGGCCCUCGUCCCCCCAGAUCCAUUCCCUCCCCUACCAUUCCCCUACCUCCCCGUCUCCUACAUCCAGCAGCCCUUUGGGGCCCAUGGCGCUCUCUGGACAGCCUUCCCCGCAGGAUAGCAGCCCUGUUUUGGCUGGGUUGUCCCCUUCAGGUCCUUUGGUGCACCCCCUGACCCAACAGGAAGAGAGACUGAACAUCAAACAGGAGCCAGAAGAUAGAGAGCCCACUUUCCGUACCAUUGGCUUGCAGGACAUUACGCUUGACGAUGUGAAUGAGAUCAUAGGCAGAGACAUGUCUCAGGCCCCAGGGGCUCAUGGGGGCUCUCCAUCUGCACACAGUCAGUCCUAACCCACAACACGCCAUGUCAGACUCGACAGAUACUCUUCACAGGACUCCAGAGCUUGUCGGCGAGAUUUCACCCAGAGUUUUACCCCAAUAGGCUAAAAACCACCUUCCCCAGCGUGGAUCCUGAAGCAAUUUAAACAACUGAUAUUACUUACUCUUGAUUCAUGAACACAGCUAUGCACUAUAUGCAAAAUCAGGUGUACUUUACACAUGUGCAGACGUGGUUGAGUGGGUAAACUUGGAUUAAUUCUCUUGGAAAAAAAAAAACCAAUAAUUCAGGGCUCUCUGACAGCAUGAUGUAUUAUUAUUUGCGGCUUGCAGAUUCACCCCUCAGAUUGGCUAGCUAUGCAGUCGAGCACCCUCAUCCCUGACCGGAAUAUGCAGCAAUUUUACAGUCACCUUAGUGGGAUAGCCAAGGGCUGCUCGAACCGUGAUAGAUGCCCACGUUUCGCCUUCUUACCAGCGGAAACGCCGCCUUUUCCAGUACACAUUCUCUCAGUGCUGCCCUCUAGUGGACGGGCCCUCAGGCGCUGUAGUAAUAAUAUGCAACAUUCCACAUGUCUAGUAACCUUUAUGAGCUGUGUAGAUAAUGUUUAAUGAUUGGCCCAUUUCCUCUUCAGGUUGAACAAAUGCCUUAUAUAGUAGCUGUGAUCGUUAACAGAUUUUCUGCUGAGAAUUUAUAUUAGUUUUUUCUUCUUUCUUUUUUUUUAAAUGAGGACAUGGUUAAAUCCAGCGUGUGUAUUUUAUACUUAGAAGUAGCUGAGCUUCAUCUUGUGUUCUGGAAUGCUGUGAAUUGUGUUAGUCCAAUCUUACUUUCACAGUGCUGUGCUUUAAAAGUCAAAGGAAUUGUUCUCAGACUCUUAAGAUAACACGUUUUGUACAGUUGAUGGGAAGAUGAACUCAUGACCCUAGACCAAAAGGUCUGAAGAGAAUCAAGUCCACAUAUAUAUACCAGUGUGUAUAUAUAUAUAUAUAUAUAUAUAUAUAUAUAUAUAUAUAUAUAUACACAGCCAAGCCCUAAAUUAUUCAUACCCCUGUCAAAUUCUGACUUAUUUUAGUUUUUUCUUGAUUAGAAAUGACACAGGCGUCUUCCAGAAGAUAAUAUGACGAUGUACAAGAGGUAUCAUUGUGGAAAAAAUGAUUACUUAUCUUUUAUUUACAUUUGAAAAAAAAGUGGCAUGUCCAAAACGAUUCAUACCUGUCUCAAUACUCAAUGGAAAAGCCUUUAUUGGCUAUUUCAGCAAUCAAAUGCUUGCUAUAAUUGCUGACCAGCUUUUUGCAUGUCUCCACUGGUAUUUUUGGCCAUUCAUCUUUAGCGAUGAGCUCUAACUCUUUCAGGUCGGAGGGUCUCCUUGCCAUCACCCUGAUCUUUACUCCCUCCACAGAUUCUCAAUGGGAUUUAUUUCAGGGUUGGGCCACUGCAAAAUGUGAAUGGUUUUGUCUGCUAACCAUUUCUUCACCACUUUUGCUGUGUGUUUUGGGUCAUUGUGGUGCUGAAAUGUUCAUUGUUUCCACCUAAUUUUCUCUGCAGACUGCCUGAUGUUGUUGAGAAUUUUGAUGUAUUGCUCAAAGGCUUCUCCUUUUUUACGCCAAAUGAAGGCUACAUCAUUGUGGCAAAACAAUUCAAUUUAAUUUCAUCAGACCAUAAAACAUAAGACCAGAAGUCUUCUUCUCUGUCCAGAUGAGCAUUUGCAAAGGCCGAGCGGGUUUUUGUGUGACUAAAGCCCAAUUUAUUCUUCUGUGUCGACCGCUGUAGCUACAGCAUAGGCUGUGUGUAGCGCGCGUACCCUGACGUGCACCUCUCCAAAAAUGUAACAACGAUCAAUUCUCUGUGGACGCAAGCACUGUGAUUGGUUUGCUAGAACCGCUCCCUCAGGUUUCACAUGUUCCCUCUGGGGGCAUCAACGCGGAAAAAAACACAGAAGUAUAAAUUUAAACCAACGUGUAGUCUACAGAGUAGAGGCUCCGGCGUAGGUCCGACACAGAAGUAUAAAGAACCCAGCGGAGUGCAGUGUCCGUACUGUCUGCCAUGAGAUGUUGCCACCAGCAGAGCCCAGAUUUAUCAGGACGGCCUUGGUGGUGAUCCUUGGAUUCUUUACUCUACCUUUUUAUCUCACUAUCCUCCUGGCCAGCACAGAUGUCACUUUUGGCUUCCGACCACGAACCUCUGAUUUUUUUUCAUAUUGUGGAACGUCUUGUAUUUUUUAAUAAUACUUUGCACUGUAGUCACGGGAACUUCAAAACAUUUAGAUAUGUUCUUAUAGCCCAUUCCUGACUUGUGAGCAGCUACAAUGCGCAGCUGCAGGUCCUCAGUGAGCUCCUUUGUCUUGGCCAUGACUGUCCUCAAACCAACAGCAGAGAGUUUCUGUUUUUCACCUGCUGUUGAUUAAAACAACUAUUCCCAAUGAAUCGGGGUAAUUGGGAUGCUUUUGAACAGCUUGAACUGUUUGGAAAGGUAUAGAUCUUUGGAUUUCCCCAUAGACUGUGACAGUUUGCAAAGAGUAUAAAUUAUUUUGGACAUGCUAUUUUUUGUUCAAAUGUCAAUAAAAGAUGAGUUGUCAUUUUUUCCACAAUUAUUCCUCUUGUACAUCGUCUUAUUAUCUUCUAGAUAUGCCUGUGUCAUUUCUAAUCAAGAAAAAACUUGCUGGUUAAAUAAAAGUACGAAUUUAAGUCAGAAUUUGCCAGGGGUAUGAAUAAUUUUGGGCUUGACUAUUAUACUUGACUAUGACUAUAUAUAUGUAUAUAUGUUGACUAUGCUGAUACUUGCUUUGUGCCUUUGAUCAAAGGAAAAAUUAUGAAAAAACAUAGGUUUGAUGUCGGGGAAUAACCUUUUUUUCUCUUUUUGUGUGUAAUAAAAGGUUGUGUCCUGACAAUCAACAAGUGAAUUAUCUGUUACUACAGAGGGACUUGCAAGCUUCUCUCAGUUUGUGUCCCUUCUGUAUUCUAGGACUUUUCAUAAAGGUUGAAAAUCAAACCAGCGUCCAAACCUAUCAGCCCGCUCAUAAUUUGCUCUCAUGUGGACAAAAACUAUUUAGGCAGGUUUCCUCUGUACUUCACUUUUUGGGACACAUACGACGGACACUGCCAGAGCAGAUGCCGUUUGAUGCUAACAAAUCUAUGAAUUUGUAUUGGUUUCUUGCCUUAAAAUUUUGAUUUGGAGAUUACAGUUGUUUUUUCAACUGUUUUUUUUUUUUUUUUUUUCAUGAAAACUGGCACAAUUCAAGUAAGAUUUUUUUCUUAUCUUUUUCAGUCUUUGGGAGACAGACAGCUGUAUCCAUGACUGUUAAUUAUGUUUGAAAGAGAAAAUAACUGCUAUGCACUAUAAACCUGCCUUUUGCCUAUAAGAAAAAAAGGAAAAAAGAAAACCUUGAUGCCUCUAGACUAGAUGCUGUAGAGAUGCUUCUUCAUAGAGUAGUAUGCCAGACAAGAGUUCUGUGUUGAGAUGUGUCUAUUCAUGCACAGAGCAAGCGUCUUAACGGUUUUGUGUGUAUGCGCUUCUGUCAGUUUGUAUCCAAUGAAUUGUAAAUAUUUGUUUUUGUAUCUUUAAAAAAAACUUCAAAUUUAAAUGGUGGAAAAGCACACUGAUACACAAGGCUAUGCAAAGAUGAUGGUGUGACAUUUUCAAACAUACAAAUAGCAGGUUCGCUUGUUAUUCUUGCAUCUAUACUGUAUGUAAGUAUAUAUAUUUUGUUGUAUGUGAACCCUUACAUAUAUUGACAGGUAUUUUUAAUGCCACUUUUGACUAUUUAAUUUAAACUAUCAAAUCUACAUAGGAAAGCCUUAACUUGUGUUAAAAUUCAGUUUUAGAGAAUGUGUGUCAUGGUUUGAGUUUGAUUUAGAAAUAGUGUUUUUGAGAAUCAAGACAGAAAAACAAUCAAACAAACUGAGGGGGAGUUCUGGGAUGAAGCAGGGUCCCAUGAUUUGCACCUAUUUUCACUCUUUAGAAACCAAAGAUGGAACAAUGUGUUCCCAUUUUACAUGCAGAUGACAACACAGACACCAGAACUCUAUUUUUGAUACUUUGAAAUGGAUGUCAUUCCUAAAGUUUGGGUUGCUUGGAUGGUUUGUAAAAUAAAAGUACAGGUUCAGUUAAUGUUUACGGAGCCUUGUAUUGUUGUUUCAUGUACAUUUUGUAUUUAACAUUUUGUAAUUUUUAAGACUGCAGUGCUUUUUGAAAUUAUUCAAAGGGAACACCGUGCGGCAUAUGCUCUUCUGAGGUAGUGUAUCAAUAAAAAGAAUAAAUGCC